UUCUGCGCAAACUUCCAGGCCUCAAGCAGAGCUCCUCUCCGCCGUCAAGCUCCCACCCCUCCCUGCCACUGCCACUAGUCUACUCUAGAGUACCACCGGAGCCUCCCUCUCCUCGCCUCCGCCCCCUAACCGCAGAUCUCCUCCGCCGGCGGCCUCUCCGCAUUACCCGCAGAUCCACCGUCGCCACCCCAGAUCUACCCAUGCGCUUCCCGCUUCUCCUCCUGCCGCUGCUCGCCGCGGCAGUGGCGGCGCAGGCAGCGGCGACGCUCUCGACGAGGAUGGUGUACCGGCUCUCCGACGAGGCGCGGAUGGCGGCGGGGACGCGCGGGGCGCGGUGGCCGCGGCGCGGGAGCGGCGACUACUACCGGUCGCUGGUCCGGAGCGACCUCCAGCGGCAGAAGCGGCGGCUCGGCGGCGGCAAGCACCAGCUCCUCUCCUUCUCCAAAGACGGCGGCAUCAUCCCAACCGGCAACGAUUUCGGCUGGUUGUAUUACACAUGGGUGGACGUUGGGACGCCAAACACUUCCUUUAUGGUCGCAUUGGAUACUGGAAGUGAUUUGUUCUGGAUACCCUGUGAUUGUAUUGAGUGCGCUCCAUUGUCCGGCUACCAUGGGAGUUUGGAUAGAGAUCUGGGGAUUUACAAACCAGCGGAAUCAACUACAAGUCGCCAUCUGCCCUGCAGCCAUGAGCUUUGCUUAUUGGGUUCAGACUGCACAAACCAAAAGCAGCCUUGUCCAUACAAUACUAAAUAUUUACAAGAAAAUACAACCAGCUCAGGUUUGCUAGUUGAGGAUAUUCUACACUUGGAUUCCAGAGAGAGCCAUGCGCCAGUGAAGGCUUCAGUCAUUAUAGGUUGUGGUAGGAAGCAAAGUGGUAGCUAUUUGGAUGGUAUUGCACCAGAUGGACUUCUUGGGCUUGGGAUGGCAGAUAUCUCAGUUCCGAGCUUCCUUGCAAGAGCUGGAUUAGUUCGAAAUUCCUUUUCAAUGUGCUUUACGAAAGAUUCUGGCAGAAUUUUCUUUGGUGAUCAAGGGGUGUCUACCCAACAGUCAACACCAUUUGUUCCUUUGUAUGGAAAACUUCAAACUUAUACUGUUAAUGUCGACAAAUCUUGCGUUGGCCAUAAAUGUUUUGAGAGUACCAGCUUCCAGGCCAUAGUUGACAGUGGAACAUCAUUCACAGCUCUUCCUCUAGACAUUUACAAAGCUGUUGCUAUCGAGUUUGACAAACAAGUUAAUGCCUCAAGAUUACCCCAGGAAGCAACUUCUUUUGACUAUUGCUACAGUGCUAGUCCUCUGGUGAUGCCUGAUGUGCCAACUGUAACUCUGACUUUUGCUGGAAACAAGAGCUUUCAGCCUGUUAAUCCUACAUUUCUACUCCAUGAUGAAGAGGGAGCGGUUGCUGGUUUUUGCUUAGCUGUAGUACAAUCACCUGAACCUAUUGGAAUUAUUGCACAGAAUUUCUUGCUUGGAUACCAUGUUGUUUUCGACAGAGAAAACAUGAAGUUGGGCUGGUAUCGGUCUGAAUGCCAUGAUCUUGACAACAGCACGACAGUACCAUUGGGUCCAUCGCAGCACAACAGCCCAGAGGAUCCGCUACCGUCGAAUGAGCAGCAGACCUCUCCAGCUGUGACACCUGCAGUUGCAGGCAGGGCACGGGCCUCCUCGAGUGGACCGACGAAUCUACAUAAACUACUUGCUAACUCUCACUUGCUGUUGUUACUGACUAUGUCCACUGUGUUCUUUAUCUCAUGAAUCGCCGAGCGAUGAACCUAACUGGUAGCCCUGUAAAUUGUGUCGCAUAUAUGGUGCCUUUUGUUGCUCUAGAGAGAAACAUAGAUCAGCUCUAGUGUUCUCCAUGGUUGUUUCUGAUGCCAUGUUGAGAUCCCACAGUUGUUUUUUGUGGCGUGUACAGAGUUGUCAUACUUUUCUGAGUUUUCUCUUGUUGACUUGCUGAAAGAAGUCCACGUUUCAGCACUUCUUUUU